AAGCGUAGGGGAUGAAGGAGGUGGUGCUGUGCCAGGGAAUGUGCAGAACAGAAAAAGUAUUUAUCAUUUAUUUUUGAUCAAUUUGCCCGAUUGGGCUGUUUUUUUGGGGGGGACACACACUGGCUGGCAUAGGCUGGAGCUCCGCCAAGGCUGUGCGGGAAGGUUGCCAUGCUGGGAGAGAGAGCAGAGAGGGAGAGGAGAGGAAGAGAAAAAAGAGACAGGCGAGACUUGGCAAGGCUUUAUUGCAGCUCUCUUUGUCUGUGUGUUCGGCUUUGCGCUGAGGAAAUCAAAAAUACCAAGGGUGUAGGAGCUCUGCUUCAAUGCUAAAAAACAAAACAAAAAAAAAAAACGGAAGAAAAAAACGGCUGAAAUAUUUUAGGGAGCAGAGGUUGACAGGCGCGAUUAAUGUAACAAAUUAUGCAGUUUACUAAAUGAUUCCAGCAAAACUACUGUAUCUUUUGUUUUUUUUUUUGCUUACCCGGGGAAAGUUAUUUGAGCCAAGAGAUGACCGGGUCAUUUUAAAUCUCUAUUUUUUUAAAUUUCGUAAGCGCAAGAUGUGACGUCUGUUUGAGAGUGUUCUUUAACACAAAAGGAGCCUCAAAGUCGCUUUUGGGUUUUCAAGACCAAGGACUGCCAGAAUCUUCACGGCCAAACACAUGGCAAGAAAAAAGUUUGUGGGUUUCAUUUGUUUGAGUUCCUGUCCUUACUAGCUGGAUCAAUGUAAGUUGUUUUUCACCUUCUGAAGUUGGAGGACUUUCAUAAUUGAGCCCUGUGUUCAGGUGGUAUGUUCCAAAGGGGGCGACCAGCAUUUUGGACCACCAAAAGAAGUUAGUUGACCUUUGCAGACAUCCACAGUUGGUAACAGAAAUCUUCAGUGUUAGCAGAGAAACAAAACCCAGACUGAGGCAUUCUUGUAUCGCUGAGCUCAUUGGACUUGUUGGAUUCCCUUGCAUCUCACAGUGUUGCAAACAGAAGAUGACUCUCACAAGUCUUGCUUUAAAAAGGACACAUGUAUUUUGUUGUCCUGUUGGUGGUCUGUAGUUUCCAGUUGAAUGGACAGUGGAUUCUGGCGGCAGAAUUGUUGUGGUAGAGCUGGCUCUCACUGCCUUAUUUGAUGGAAAAUGGUUGGAGUUGUACAGGCCCGAAAGCUUUUUCUUCUGUUAUGCAGAGUUUCUUUUUUUCAAACAAGGUAUUGUGAGCUUCAGAAUUGGAACUUGGCAUCUGCCACUUGAGGAUUCCUGCGAAACACCACGUUAAUGGGAACAGAACCACACCGCCGUUCCCCGAGGGACUGCAGAUGGCUGUAUUUGGUAUGGGCUGUUUCUGGGGGGCGGAGAGGAAGUUCUGGAGGCAAAAAGGGGUGUACUCCACACAGGUGGGCUACGCUGGGGGGUUCACACCCAACCCCACCUACGAGGAGGUCUGCACAGGUAAAACAGGCCACGCAGAGGUUGUCCGCGUUGUGUUUGACCCAGCCAAUGUGAACUACGGAAAGCUGCUCAAAGUCUUCUGGGAGAAUCACAACCCUACACAAGGGAUGAGGCAGGGCAACGAUGUGGGGACAGCAUACCGAUCUACCAUCUACACGUACUCUGAAGAACAGAUGAACAUGGCCCUUCAGUCUAAAGAUGAAUACCAGAAGGUGUUGACUGAGGAGGGGUUUGGGCCAAUCACCACAGAGAUCCAAGAGGCCCCAGAGUUCUACUAUGCUGAGGACUACCACCAGCAGUACCUAAGCAAGAACCCAGGAGGGUACUGUGGGCUGGGUGGCACAGGAGUGUCCUGUCCAAUAGGACUGAAGAAUUAAAUCCCCUACCCCUGUGAUUGACAAUGUUGGGUAGAAGUGGCCUUAAUGCAGAUGCAACAGUUCAUCAGGUUUUGCUUUUAAUUUAAGAUCCAUCUUCAGACAUUAUGCUGUAUCUCUUAGUGGAAAAGUUCCUGUACAAUCAAGAUGAUGACAUAACAUCAGGUUGUAAAAUUACGACUCUAAUCUGUUUUAGCAUUCCUCCAUCACGCACUUGCCGAGUUUUAC